UCGGCGCAGGGAAGGACAGGGCGCUGCAGACAUGCAGGCCACGCUGCUCAGCAUCCUGGGGCUGGCCCUGCUCGGGGCGCUGCACGCGCAGGGGGACGCUCCCGUGCAAGCCGACUUCCAGGAGAAGCAGUUCACAGGGAAGUGGUACAGCAUCGGCCUGGCCUCCAACUCCAACUGGUUCAAGGACAAGAAGCACCUGAUGAAGAUGUGCACCACGGUCGUCUCGGCCACUGCUGACGGCAACCUGGAAGUCACUUCCACCUACCCCAAGGCUGAUCGAUGUGAGACGAAGAACAGCCUUUACAUCAAGACAGAGCAGCCAGGACGGUUCAGCUACACCAGCCCCCGCUGGGGCAGCAAGCACGACAUCCGCAUCGUGGAGACCAACUACGACGAGUACGCCCUGGUGGCCACGCAGAUCUCCAAGAACAGCGGCACCUCCACCAUGGUGCUGCUCUACAGCAGGACUAAGGAGCUCAGUCCCGAGCGCCUGGAGAGGUUCACCCAGUUCUCCAAGGAACAAGGACUGGCAGAUGAAGAGAUCCUCAUCCUGCCCAAAACAGAUAAAUGCAUGACCGAUGCUGCCUAGGUGAGUCCUGGUUUUGGAGGGACUCAGACCAGCCCCAUGUGGG